AUGGAAUAUUUAACAAACUCAGAUCUAAACAAUAAUUUCUUUGUGAAUAAUACUAAUAAUACUAAUCAUAAUAGUAGUAAUAAUAAUACUGUAUGCCUUUCACCGACAAUAUUAAAUUUCAAUAAUCCUUCAUAUUAUUCUCCACAUUUAAUUAAUUUCCCACCGGAACAAUUAAAUUUAGAAUUCGAUCAUCAUAAUCAUCAUCAUCAUCAUCAGCAACAGCAGCAUCAGCAUCAUGAGAAUGUUAAAACAAAACUGAAUGAUAAAUUAUUAAUGAGUUCAAAACUUCCAACUCAUCAUGAAGUUAAUAAUGAUGGUAAUAUUAUGAAUCCCAUUGAUAUCCAUGAGGAUAGUGUUAAUAAAUGUAAUCAAAUUUCAAACAUAAUUCAUUCUAGUAUCAAUAAUACAACUGGGAAGAAAACAAAGAACUCUGUUAAAACUGCUAAACAAUCCACUACUGUCCAGAACAAAGUGAAAAGUUCGACCAAAUGUAAAAAUCAAUUAAUCAAUAAAGAAAUCAAUGAAAAUAUUGAUUCGCUGAAUACCAUAGAAACAAAAAAUCAUUUAAAUCAUCCUUUUCAUUAUGAUUCCCCAUUAACAACACCAGUUAAACAACCUAAAAAACGUGGACCUAAAAAGAAACCCUUAACAAAAGAACGUGAAACACGUUUAAAAAAUCGUCGUAUCCGUGCAAAUGCUCGUGAACGUAGUCGUAUGCAUGGAUUAAAUCAUGCCUUAGAAUUACUACGACGACAUAUACCAACAUUUUCAACAACUCAACGUUUAAGUAAAAUUGAAACAUUACGUUUAGCUAAAAAUUAUAUUAAAACAUUAUCUGAAUUAUUAUUAAUGAAUAAAACUCCUACACCAUUAGAGAUGGCUAUCAAUUUAACUGAAGGUCUUUCACAGAAUACAUCAAAUUUAAUAGCGAAUACACUACAAAUUAAUCCUAGAAUAUUAAUUCAAUUACAACGUCAACAACAAUCGUCUUCAUUCCUUCAACAUCAUCAUGAACAACAGCAUCAGCAACAACAACAAGAACAAUCAAUCAAUGAAUCAAGUAACCAUGAUCAAUCAGAUCAUAAUCAAUUAUUAUCUUCAUCAUCCUCAUCAUCGUCAUCAUCUUUAUCAGACGAGUUAAAAUGUCCAGUUGUUACAUCAAAUGAACAAAUGAAAUUAUUAAGUCCUACUGAUUUUACUACUUAUAAUAAUAAAAGUAGUAAUAAUGGUUAUGAUAAAAUAUCACAACCUACUUUAUUGAAUAACCAACAUUUACUUACUCCAAAUUCAUGGAAUAUAGAUUUCAAUCCUGUUUUAAUGAAUUUUCAAAAUUAUAGCAGUAAUAGUUCAUUGUUAAGUCCAUCAACAAUCUUUUAUCCAAACUCUAUUACAGAUUGGAAUCAAUCUAAUUUGUUAAUUUCACCAAUCACUUCAUAUCAUUCUGAUAAUGUACAUGAUAAAAAUAAUAAUCCAUCUAUGCAUAAUAAUAAUGUUAAUAUAAAUGAAAGUAUUAAUAAUUAUGAACAGACAUUUUUACAAAUGAUGAAUAAAUCUCAAUUUUAA